ACAGAAACACAUUCGAGUAAACGCCUGUUGGCAUAUAUAGUCUGUUUUCUUAGCUGCUCCAGUGUAUUGGCUGCUCUCACUGAGACAUCACAUGUGUAAUUUCAGUUUUACAGGUAGUUUUGUAUAUCAAAAUAAUUAUUUCUCCAUUUUCCAUCAGCAUAAUAUAGAAAAUCUCGCCAAACCAUACUUAUCAAAAAACAAAAAAUAAAAAGUUCGCCAAAAAUUUCUAUCUGCCAUAACAUAUAGUACAGUUAGCGUAUGGGGUUCACUAAUGUUGAAAAAAAAAACAAAAUAGCCGUCGUAAAGAGGGACUAACGAUGAAACGUGUGUGGCCAAUCAUCUUCACGAUUCUUUGUAAUGCCGAAGAUAUAGUCGACGGAGGUCUGCUUGAUACCUUCUGUCACCCAACGACACCUUUUAUUACUCCCCUCGACGGAAAACAUCUUCGCUUGAUUGGAACUUCACUCGAGGGAAUUUUGGAUUUGAAAAGAAAUUUGAGUGGCCAUGUCGUCCAAUCUGCUGGACCCGUUUCUCUUGCACUUGAGUGGCUUUCCCGUCGCUACAAUUUUAGAUAUUCGUACAUUCCAAUGUUCGGAAGUUUUUUUGUAGAUGACUUGCCUACCCAACGUGGUGGACUGAGCUUUUUACGUCAAGGGGAUGCGGACAUGUUUCCCGGUGCUAUAAUUGGAACACUAAGCCGAUUCAAAGAUGCAGAUUUUUCAACACCGUGGAUCUCUAGUCCUUUCAGUAUACUCAUACCCAUACCCAAGUCUUCUACAAACAUUGCCGCUUUGAUUGAUCCCAUGAGAACUAAAGUUUGGAUUUGCAUUGGUCUUUCAGUACCAACCGUCAUUGCAAGUCUGUAUGGUUUGAGCAGAUGUAUUGUUGACUUGAACAAACGAAUAGAUUCGAAAAAAAUAGAGCAAAAUUCACGUGGAAGUUUUCAAAUAAUCAAUUACGUAAUUUGCGUCCUUCUUUGUCAAGGUGCAUAUUGCAGAAAUAAACAACUAGCGAUUCGUUUAGCAGCAGCUGCUUGGUGUCUGGCUUGUUUUGUUCUCGUUCAAGCAUACAGUUCGACGCUAAUCGCUUCCAUCACAUCACCCAAUAAUAAGCCCAUAAUUAAUUCAAUAAAUGAUUUUCCCAAUGUUCCUGAUCUAAAAAUGACAGUUAAUAGAAACCUCGGAGCAGAUUUACUGUUUCAGGCAAGUCGGUUCGCUAAAUGUAAUCCAUUGCAAUUUUUUAUGUUUUUUUUUUAAUUUUUUUAGCAAAGUAAUUUCGGUAUUUUUAAGAAACUUGGCGAUUCAUUAAGGGACGAUCCAAGUCUUCGUUGCAAUCAAACUGAACAUUGUCUUGACAAAGUUCGUUCUGGAAGUCAUGUGUUCGUUCACGCAUUAAUGGUUAUCCAAAAAAUAAUUACCAUGGAUCGAGAGCAGGCAGGAUCAUGUCAUUUUACAGUAGCUGCAGAAACCUUUUGGUCAAGUCAUCUUUAUUUCUUGUUCCCAAAAAAGAGUCCCUACAUUGAAACUGUUAAUCGAGGAAUAUUAAAGAUGCAAGAAAAUGGAUUGUUGUUAAAAUGGAAAGAAAUUUUCAACCCUAAGACGGCAGAAUGUUUAUUGAAGAAAUAUCUGAAGAACAAAAGAAAACCUCAAAUUAGUGUAAAAAAUCUGACAAGUGUGUUUAUACUUUUGAUAUUUGGAAUUUGUGUUUCAUUAAUUGUGUUUUUUCUCGAACUGAUUUGCCACGGUCGCAGCUUCAAUUCUUGUUGUUAAAUUUCUCACGUUUAGUUAUAUUAGUUUUUUUGGUAUUUUGGUUUGAAUCGGUUUAUCAUCUAUUUGGAUUCUACCAACCAAAUUACCCCCUUCUUUUGUACGAUUUCUCACCUUUAGAUUAAAAUUUAUACAGAGCCUACCUAAAGUUUUGGAACGCGCGAGUGAAACUUUAUGGAAAAAGGCGUUUUUCUCGGCGUUCAAAAAAAAAAUUUUGUUGGAAUGCGACCAAUUUGUUUUUUUUACGUAGACAUUAGGAAUAUGAUAAAGCAAUUUUUUUUAGAUUUUUUCAUUCACGGGAAUAGUAGGUUUUUUAACGAGCCAUAAGUUUUGGAAUGCUCCGUAGAGUUAUAUGUAAAUUAGGCAACUUUAAAGGAUUCUAACUUGUAACGGGUGAAACUAGAACGACGCGGAAAGCUUUAAAAAUUAAAACGAUGAGCUUUAUAAAGUUAAUAUAGAUAGUGGGUGUACAACGAAAUAGAAAAUCAAAUUUGACUUUUUCCCAUUAAUUUUCUGUGUUCACCCACUAUGUCCU